AUGCUCAGGGAAGAUCAGAUUUAUGGUUUAUGGUUCUUCUCAACUGAAGAUUGCUCUCGUCUCUACUCCUUGCUCAAGAAAUUACAGGAAGAAAUCCGAUCGGGAAAGAUACCUACACCACCUACAAAUGAGGAAGCUGGAGCAUCUAGUGUGCCUCAAUCAGUUGCACCACCAAAUGAGUCUAAUCAACUGUUGGAUCUUUUGAAGUCUGCACAACCUACUCCUUCCACGCAAAUGAAAUCUGUGGAGGUUAACAAUCGCGACAACCACUUUUCUACAACGCAUCCCACUUCAUCGUCGCAAGAGAAGGCGGAUAAAGAGAAGUUGAAGCCAAAAGACGACGAU